AUGGCUCCAGAAAGAAAAGGUUCUUUGAAGACAUCAAGUGACGCUUUUCAAGGACUAUACAAAGGAGCUGAUAUUCUGUUGUUACGAUAUUUAUUUCCCAAACCCGAAGACAUCAGUCUGGAGGCUCUAAUACCGAGUAUUGGAUUCUUUGUGCUUGGUGGUGUAAAGGCCACUCCACUUAUUGUAGCCGGUUCUUCAGUCAACACAGUGGGUGGAGUGUGGUACACCUUUGCCAAGUACAAGGCAAAGAAUGCUCAACAGGCAGAGAGGGCUGAGCAGGUGAAGGCCCACUCAAGCCCAAGAAUGUCAGAAGACAAAGUAUGA